CGGCGGUAUCGGCGUUCUCCUGACGCGAUAAUCAUUGCCCCUUCCUGCCCCUGUUUCCCGCACGUGCACACGGAAUCCACUUCCAGUUCUUAGUUCCUGUUCCAGUCCCAGUCCCAGUUCCGCCCGUGCGAAGCAGGAUGAGGCCGGCGAUCGUGCUGUUCGGGGAUUCCAUAACGCAGCUGUCCUUCCGGCCGGGCGGAUGGGGCGCCGCCCUCGCCGACACCUACUCUCGCAAGGCCGAUGUAGUCCUUCGUGGGUACGGCGGGUACAACACCCGAUGGGCUCUCUUCUUGCUGCACCACAUUUUCCCUCUGGACUCUUCAAAGCCUCCAGUAGCCACCACAAUUUUUUUCGGGGCUAAUGAUGCAGCUCUUGCGGGAAGAACGAGUGAACGUCAACAUGUGCCUAUCGAUGAAUACAAGGAGAACCUCAAGAAGAUCGUUCAUCAUCUCAAGAAAUGUUCCCCCACAAUGUUAAUUGUGCUUAUUACCCCACCGCCAGUUGACGAGGAAGGACGUAAUGAAUAUGCUGGAUCAUUGUAUGGCAAGAAUGCUAGAGAGCUGCCAGAAAGGACCAACGAAGUGACUGGAACUUACGCGCAGCAGUGCGUUCAGUUAUCCGACGAAUUGGGGGUCCGGGCAAUCGAUAUAUGGUCCAAGAUGCAGGAGACUGAGGGGUGGCAGAAAAAAUUUCUGAGUGACGGGCUGCACCUGACGCCAGAAGGUAACGCAGUGGUUUACCAAGAAGUUAUCCGGGUGUUCAAUGGAGCUUGGCUCUGUGCCGAAGAAAUGCCCUACGAUUUCCCCAGCCACUCAGAAAUCGACGAAAGCGAUCCUAAGAAAGCUUUUGAGCAAAGGUGCCUUUAGAGAUUACGACGGUCCAUCUUUUCCUCAUUUUCUAAUUAAAUAUGUCGUGCAAUCCCUCUCACUCAGCACUAUGCAGCACAAUAAUGGAUGGUUCUUUUUCUUUUCUUAUUCUCCUUUGGCGUGUUAUAGUGAUUAUGACACUGCAUGGCCGGUUCCUUUUGAUUUGUUGAUCCGAGUAUAUUCGUUA